AUUCUUUUCCGAUUUAUGGUUUGAUUUUGGUUUGCCACUCAGCUGUAAUUGCUUUGCCGAGAAAUAAAAUGAAAUAAAAUUUGGUGUAGCUAAAGAAUUUAAUAUCUUGAACGUUCAGAUAUUAAAGCUGCUAUUAGACGAUAAGACAUGUCAUAUGAGCAGUCACUUUCUGUAUUCAUAAUACUUGUCUUAUGUACGUCGAAUACGAAUAGAGCGCGCUCUAAUCGGCAUGUAUUCUCAUAUGUGUAGUACUUUUUUUGUAUAGACAUGUAUCUUCAUGCAUGUUCGAUGAAAUAAAAGCUCGAUUUAAUCGAAAUAGUUGCAUAUUUAUUCCAAAAUCCACUAGACAUAUACAAUUUUUGGUGCGUAUCACACCAUGUGUUGCUGUUUUUGAAAUAACAUAUAACAUGUCUUAUCGUCUAAUGGCAGCUUAAGUAAAUUUUAAAAAUAAAGUGAAAUUUCAGUUGCGUUGCCACCAGUUAAGAUGGGUUGCAAUACAAAAUCCGCCCAUUAGAUUAUUUUAUAUCCAUUCAAAUAAAAAGAGGAAAAAGUUGAAAGGUUUUGUAGACCUUGACUUACUUUAACUGGCUAGGCCAAACAUUUGUUUCACUAGCCGUGCUGGAAAUAGAUAUCCAGGCGCCUCGAUCUUCUGUGCUCUUUUAAUUUCUGACACAGUUUUGAAAUGUCUCUCCACUUGAUGCUUCCACGGGAGUUGUGGUCUUCUCUUCUGCGUGUAUCACAAAGCACUGCUUCAGUGAAGCUUUUCAUACAAUCUGACAACACGACCAAGACAACUCAAUCGCUGUUUUUUUUUAUGCGUUGAAGAUGUGCCAUGAAACCAAAUUUAAUAUCCAAUGCCUGUUUGAGGUGCAUACAGCUGUUUCCUAUAAACACAAUUUUGUAAACAAACUCACUGAACCAACAACCUCUUAUAAAGCCAUGGACUACAAUUUGGACCUGAGAAAUUGUGGAAAAAUAUUAAGAACUCCAACCCAAUAUCUUCUGCGAUGUGGCGAUUGCAAUGAAGAUUUCUAUAUCUUUGGGGACUUUAUAACACAUCAUUCCAAGCUCCAUUGUUUGCAGGAUAAGGACGUUGAUAGUCCAGACGAAGAUGAUGCCGAAGACUAUUUGGAUGAAUGUGAGAUCGAAUACUGCAGUGAACUGAAUGACAUUCCUGAACAUGAUGCAGAUGAAAUGAUUGGUACUCAAAGCCGUCAUAGAAUGAAACAACAAUGCACCAAAGACAUUUUUCAAGAAAUUGCCGACGGCGAAAGCAUUCAUGACGAGGAGUUCGUGAAUAUUGAGCCCAUGCCUUUUAUGGAAGAUGAAAAAGCCAAGGAGAACGAUAGUGCUGAAUAUUUUGAAUCUGAUGAAGAUGGGUUCAAAGACGAGGACAUUAAAUGCAGAAAAUUCGUUUCCGAAUUUCUAGAUUCCGAAGAAAACUAUCUUGCUUUUAUAGACGCCUAUGAAAAUCAACCCCGCUUAUGGAACUAUAAACUCUAUCCCGUUUUAUGUACAAAACAAGAUCGAGCUGUAUAUUUCGCCGAAAUUGCAGAAGAAAUACAUAAUCGACUGAAUAUACAAAUGUCGGAAGAUUACGUUCGUGCUAUAAUUUAUCGUAUUCGAACUAAGUACCGGGAAAAAUCGAAAAAAUUAGCAGACCGCAAAGAACGAGAAGGAGGGAGUCCAAAGUUAGCAACCGUACCUACAUGGUAUUUUCAAAAAUUGCAAUUUUUAGAGCCCUUCCUAAGCAAGGAGUCAAUCUUUAAAUUGGAUCCAAAACUUCCAAAUAUGACACAGGAGCAAGUGAUAGAAUUAAUUCAUAUGUACGAAAUGUUUCCGAAUUUAUGGAACACAAACCUAUUGGAGAAUGUUUGCAAAAAUAAACGAGAUGAAUCUUUAAAGCAGCUGGCGGCUGUGAUACAUUCAGAGACUGGUUUAGAGGUCAGUGAAUUUUCUUUACAACGAUACUUAAAUGAAUUACAAAAAUGCUUCUACAACGAAAAGGCUAAAAUGUUGCGAAGAAAAGUGGACUCACAAAUCAAUUCAUCUAUUUACUAUAAGGAAAUGUUCUUCCUGUAUGACCACGUGGGACCAUUUAAAUGUCCUCAAUGCCCUAGUAAAUAUCGAGGCCCACUGCUAUUAAAAGUGCAUAAAACACAAAAGCAUAACGGUGAUCGUUUGUCAUGUCCCCAAUGUGGCAAGCAAUAUGAGCAGUUGGAACCGUAUAUAACGCAUGCCAGGCGGCACAUGAACGACUUGAAUGUGGAAUGUCCUCAAUGUGAUAAAAUGUUUUUAAGAAAAGCAGAUAUGAGAAUACAUUUGCGAACCCACACCGGAGAUCGGCCUUAUUCCUGUGAAAUAUGUGGUGCUACAUUUUCGAAUCCGACUGCUAUACGAGAGCAUAGAGAGAGACAUAUCAAAGAAAUAAAAUUCCAUUGUCCGGUUUGUUUUAAAGGCUUUUACAGUAAAAAGAAUUUGAAGAAACACUCUAUUUCGCAUACAGAUGUAAGGAAUUAUCCUUGCAAAAUUUGCGGUAAAUCCUUUAAAACUAGAAAAACUAUGAAAAAUCAUGAAACUACUCACGAAGAAGGUCGUAAUUAUCCAUGUCCAAUGUGCGGUAACAUGUAUAAGAAUACAAUAGGUGUAUCUCAACAUAUGAGAACAGCACAUCGUGACGUUGCAGGAACUAAAUUUAAUCCGUUUAUUGAUUAGAAUACAUUUCCAGAAACUAAAAAACAAAAAUAAAUAUAAAAUUAAAAAGAUA